AGCACUCUUCAUCCACGCAGCUCCACAACGUGCAGACUAAACUCUGAAGGCUUUGAACGGUUAAAACUGCUGCUGGCAGUGAUUCAGGGUAUCACACAGAAGACUCAUGGCAGAAAAUCAAGAAGAGAUGUCUCCAAUUGAGAUGAAAGUGGCACGACAAUUAGAGUACUACUUUGGGGACCACAACCUUCCAAGAGACAAGUUUCUCAAAGAACAACUGCAGCUUGAUGAUGGUUGGGUGCCUUUGGAGACAAUGCUUAAAUUCAACAGACUGAAGUCUUUAACUACAGACAUCGACAUCAUCGUUGCGGCUCUCCAAAAAUCAAAGACCAGCCUCCUGGAAAUCAGCGAAGACAAGACUAAAAUCAGGAGGUCUCUAAACAAACCUUUACCCGAACUGAACGAAGAUUACAAAGAUGCUCUGAAACACAAAUCUGUGUACAUUAAAGGUUUCCCUCUGGAAACUUCCCUUGAUGAGAUUCAGGAGUGGUUGAAUGGGAAAGGCACAAUAGAAAACAUUCAGAUGAGGAGAAAUCUGCAAAGGCAGUUCAAGGGAUCAGUGUUUAUCUGUUUUGAGACAGAAGAGGCAUCCAAGGAGUUCCUACAACGGACAGACAUAAAAUCGUUCAAGGACAACGAAAUGCUUGUCUUAUCAAGGGAAGACUACCAUGCAAAGAAAGCAGAAGAAAGAAAACAGUUCAAAGCAGAGACGAAAGCAAAAGCUAGACAGGACAAAGAACAGCAGCAGAAACAUGCAGAAGACAAAGAAAUGGGUCUGCUUCUGGAUGAACAGACAGGUUGCUUGUUGAAGUUUUCAGGAGAGCUUGAAGAUGUUUCUAGAGAAGACUUUCAUGAAUUGUUCUCUGGGCACGGAAAGAUCAAGUGGGUAGACUUCACAAGAGGGGCCAAAGAGGGCACCCUCCUUUUUGACGGAAAUGCAAAAGAGGCAUUCGAUAAAGCCAAAGAGGCCAACGGAGGUGAACUGAAGAUGAAGGAGAAGAGUGUUACAUGGCAGGUGCUCGAGGGAGAUGAGGAGAAAGAGAUGCUGAAGAAGAUCAUUGAAGCUCAACAGGAGUCUUACAACCGAUCCAAAGGCAGAGGGAGAGGAAGAUCAAGCGGCAGAGGAAGAGGAGGCCGAAGGGGAAGGGGUGGCAGAGAUCAAGGCAGAAGUCAUUACCAAGGCAAAAAAACGAAAUUUGAUAGUGAUGAUGAAGACGAUGGUAAGUUCAACACCUUUCUGAGCUUCAGUAUUUGGUUGGACAGCAAAAUAUUUGGUUGAUAAUCAUGUCCUAUCUUUUUGCUUUUCCUCCAGCUCCUGCAGCAAAGGUUGCCAAAACUGAAAAUGGAUCUUAGUAACAAGGGUUACACCCAUUUUCUUUUCUUUUGUGAAAACAUUUAUUAUAAACGGUGAAAAUGCAGAGGCAACUUAAAUCCAUUCCAGUGAAAGCUUCAGGGUUUGGAGAACCGUAGGAAGUCCACCUGGAUGUCAACCUAGAGAACAAUUUGCAAAGCUUGGCAUCAGUUUUCAGCCUUUUUAAGUCCUUGUAUUUCGUGCCUCUAUGUGUUCCGGUGUUUUUCUUCUUGGGUUGUUUUGAUUUUAUCAUACAUAACAUUUAAUCAAAUCUGUUGUUUGACAGUAAUUUAAUUUGACCAGAGCAUUUUAGUUGGUUUUGUAAGACUUGUGUGACAUCUAGAGUCUGUGUGCCAUUGUUCAUUUUUUCCCGUGUAGAUGUCCUACAUUUAGUGAGAACAUCACUUUGCUAUUUUUUUAAGUUUGCAUAUGUGAAUAGCAAAUAAAACCAUUUGUAAAAAUCA